UACAAUUGUUUUCCUUUCCCUCAAACCUUUUUGCAUCACUCAAUUUAACGUGAACGCCCACACUCCCGCACAGUAGGUGGCGGCAUGCACAAACAACGUGCGAACACCAUGAUCCCGAAGAAACAGAAGUAGUGUAGUGAACAACUAUAAUUUCCACGUUUGCGUUUUUGUUGUUAUUUAGACGUUUAUUAACACAUUGGAACUCAAAAUACGAGCAUCAUAAAUGUACCUCAGGUAGUCUUUACUUCGCGUUGGAAGUAAAGACUAGGUAACGCUAGCUAGCUGCUAACCUAACGAUGGCUAACUGUAUGGUUUUUCACACUCAAAUAGCCUCCAUUAUGGAGGUUCUAGCGAAUGCAGCCGUGUCAGAGAUAUGUAAACUAGUAGACGACGAGUAUGCAGUGUUUCGUUUGGAAAUAACUCAAAGCCAGAAAGAAAACAGGGGAUUGCGGAGGAAACUACAGGUACUGGAACUGAAGGUGGCACGGGAGCGCGCAGAGAGGACAAUACGAGAGCGCGUCCUCGCCAGUCGUCCCAGUAGUGUCAAGAUCCUCGACCGAUACAGCGGAAUGGCAAGAGGUGAAGGACAUCUCACUGGAGGCGACGGGAGCUUUGUGAAGCCAGCGGGACAUAACGUGUGGAGAGAUGACCAAGACAUAGCAAUUGAGUCUGCAGAUGCAGAGGCUGCAGGUCCUGAAGGAUUGUCUCUGGUCAAGCAGGAGAGGACUGAAGGAGAGGACCCACAACACAGCAGAGACAUUCAGACUGGAGCAGCAGCUGGAGUGGUGCCACCUGUAGCCACAGAGGACCUUGCGACUGCUGCCGCGACCCAACGCAGAAUCACGGAGGUCAGUGGAAUGCCGAACGCCGUCCUCAAGUCAGAGAACGACAACGAGACUUUAACUGUAACACAACGGAUCUUACACACAGGAUCUGACCACAGAUCAGACCCAGAGAGACUGGGGCAGGGGCCACUGGGCUGUCCUGCUCCUGGCUCAGAGUAUUUACUUUACGGUAACUUAAGCCCAAGGACGGUUCAUUCCCAUCUGGACUUGGGUGAUGCGUCAGAGACUGUCAAUGAUCCGUCUUGUUCUUACAAUGCAGAGUUGGGCCCUGGCAACAUGCCCUUGGGUUUAGAGACACAGACUGGUCUGUCUAGAGAAGAAUGGAACCGGUACAGUAGUAGUGUAUACUCUGAAGGGAGCCAAGAUAAGAAAGGGGAGGCUAUAGUGGUAGAUGAGGUGAAAGUGGAGGGCGACGCUCCUCCCACAUGGAGUGCAGAUAGUCUCCUGGGAGACGGACACUCACAGGGCAGAGUUUUCUUAGAUUACAGGGGAAGCUUAGAGACAAAUCGAAAUGGUGCCACCCACUCCCCUUUACACGCAUUCAGGGAUCGCGACCCAGUGUCCACGUCGACGACACCUUCCGAUACACAAGGCUGCGUUCUUUUCGAUCAGGUAUUGAACUCAAAUGACCAAAGGGCCAAGGCUCGGGGAGGGGGAGCAACAUCAGGCAAUAGUAAAGAGAAACGGUUCCUCUGCAUGUUCUGUAACAAAGGCUUCAGCUGCCCCCAGAAGGUGGAGAUCCACCAGAGAGUCCACACAGGGGUGAAACCCUUCAGCUGUACCCAGUGUCACAUGAGCUUCGCCCAGGCUGGUGACCUGAAGAGGCACCAGAGGGUCCACACAGGGGAGAAACCCUUCAGCUGCCCCCAGUGUGAGAAGAGGUUCUCCCAGGCUGGUGACCUGAAGAGGCACCAGAGGGUCCACACAGGGGAGAAACCCUACAGUUGUACCCAGUGUCACAUGCGCUUCGCCCUGGCUGGCAACCUGAAGAUGCACCUGAAGGUCCACACGGGAGAGAGGCCAUUCGCCUGUAGGCAUUGCGGGAAGAGGUUCUCAGAGAGGAGCUACCUCAGGAUACACCAGCAGAAAAACCAUUCCACUCUGUAAAAUAGAAAAUAAUUUAACUUGAUAGCUUCUGACAUUUACAUCAAAUGCUGCAUUAAAACCCCAGCGUGAGUUUUUUGGUUAUGCGCGUGAUAUCAGAAUGCAUUCACUAGCUAGGUUUCCAUCCCAAUUGGCAACAUAUUUUUAAUGGAAUAUUCUCAAAUCUGCAUAAAAACAAUGUGCACAUUUUCCCACCAGAAAUGUUUCCAUCAAAUCAGUGCGUGAUGACGUAGUGCACCCAAAAUGUACUUUUUCGAUUCAAGUUUUCAUGUACCAAAUAAAAAUAUAAAAGUUCAA